GCCGAACAUUCCACACGAAGCCCCAGCGGUCUCGCGCUCCCAAAAUCUCUCCCCGUACCCUUUUCUCUUCCCUAAAGAGGAUCUCAGAUUGAGCAAAAGAUUUACGGGCGGCAUGAAACCAACUUUCAUGGUGACCCCGAGGUACCGGAAGACUAAAUAGGGCGGCUGUGGUGUAGCGAAAGUGCACCUGAAGGUUCGCGGCUGCAUUUCCCACGGAGCGCUGUCUCUCCCCACCGCCUGCACCGAAGCGGAUGAAAACAAACACGAACGAUGGCGGCGCCGGGGAGCGACUGGUGGCUGGCUUAGGGCAGGAGAGAUCGCUUGACGCGUGAAGGAGAAGCUCAGGAGAACCAGUCGACGUCGGUCCGACAGUUUGCUCAGUUCUUGGAGCCAGGAGCCACGUGAAGCGUGAGGUAUCUCUCUGCGACCUGUGCUGUCAAUACCGCCCCGGAGCGCGGAACCCUCGGCCGGGAGGCGCGGUUGGCCGGCUCCAGGCCCCGGCCUCCGGAAUGAGAGCCCGGAGCCACUCUCUGUGCCGUAGCUUCCCAGUUAAAAUUAACAUUUCAAAGGGCUGAGGGAGAGCUCAGUGGUAGAAUGCUUGCCUGGUCUGCACAAGGUCCUGCUUUUGAUCCAUAGCACUGAACCAACAGAAAGAAAUUUUAGUAUUAAGGUUCCCAUAGGCAAUGGAAACUGAUCUCAGUUCCCAGGACAGAAAGGACCUGGACAAGUUUAUUAAGUUUUUUGCACUCAAGACUGUCCAAGUCAUUGUCCAGGCUCGACUUGGUGAAAAGAUUUGCACCCGUUCAUCUUCUUCCCCAACGGGUUCAGAUUGGUUCAAUUUAGCAAUCAAAGACAUCCCAGAAGUAACCCAUGAAGCAAAGAAGGCCCUGUCAGGGCAGCUGCCUGCUGUGGGGCGCUCUAUGUGUGUGGAGAUCUCACUCAAGACUUCUGAGGGAGAUUCCAUGGAGUUGGAAAUUUGGUGUCUGGAAAUGAAUGAAAAGUGUGACAAAGAAAUCAAAGUUUCCUACACUGUAUACAACAGAUUGUCCCUGCUGCUGAAGUCUCUUCUCGCUAUAACCAGGGUGACACCAGCCUACAGACUCUCCAGAAAACAAGGGCAUGAAUAUGUAAUACUGUACAGGAUUUAUUUUGGAGAAGUUCAAUUGAAUGGUUUAGGAGAAGGCUUCCAGACAGUUCGAGUUGGAACAGUGGGCACCCCUGUUGGCACCAUCACUCUUUCCUGCGCUUAUAGAAUUAAUUUGGCAUUCAUGUCUACCAGGCAAUUUGAGAGGACACCACCUAUCAUGGGGAUUAUCAUUGAUCACUUUGUUGACCGUCCCUAUCCCAGCUCCUCUCCCAUGCACCCCUGCAAUUACAGAACUGGUGAGGAUGCUGGAGUCACAUACCCAUCAGUGGAAGACUCUCAGGAAGUGUGUACCACCUCUUUUUCCACCUCCCCUCCCUCCCAGUGUGUGUUUACUGUCACAAAGGCACAUUUUCAGACCCCUACUCCUGUGGUGAUGGACACUCUGAGGGUCCCCAUGGCAGGACUGGCCUUUUCCCAUCAACUCUCAAGCUCUCGCCUUUCCUAUCAGCCUGCUGUCCUGGGCCUUGGAUCGGCUGACCUGGCUUAUCCAGUAGUGUUUACUGCUGGCUUAAACACUGCACACACUCACCAGCUGAUGGUUCCAGGGAAGGAAGGUGGGGUACCUCUUGCUCCCAACCAGCCUGCUCACGGCACCCAGGCUGAUCAGGAGAGACUGGUGACUCACACACCUUCUGACGGGACCCACUGUGCUGCCACCCCCUCUAGCAGUGAGGACACUGAGACUGUGUCUAACAGCAGUGAGGGACGAGCCUCACCCCAUGAUGUCUUGGAGACUAUCUUUGUCCGAAAAGUGGGAGCAUUUGUCAACAAACCCAUCAACCAGGUGACCCUGACAAGUUUGGACAUACCCUUUGCCAUGUUUGCUCCCAAGAAUUUGGAGCUGGAGGAUGCAGAUCCUAUGGUGAAUCCCCCGGACUCUCCAGAGACCACAUCUCCCCUCCACGGCAGCCUGCACUCAGAUGGCUCCAGCGGGGGCAGCAGUGGCAAUACACAUGACGACUUUGUUAUGGUUGACUUUAAACCUGCUUUUUCUAAAGACGACAUUCUUCCGAUGGACUUGGGGACCUUUUACCGUGAAUUUCAGAACCCCCCUCAGCUGAGCAGCCUCUCCAUAGAUAUUGGAGCCCAGUCUAUGGCGGAAGACUUGGAUUCCUUACCAGAGAAGCUGGCUGUGCAUGAGAAGAACGUCCGAGAAUUUGAUGCCUUUGUUGAGACCCUGCAGUAAGAGCGCCCCAAGUACCUGCAGCACCCCCUUUCUAUGGACCCAGCAGAGGACCUCCUGCUCCUCAGCAGCCCCUGCCUUCCUGCUGUUUCUGGCCAGGUGAAAGACAUGUGUUUCCCUAUGGGACCUGGAAGUCCCUGCUCUUGGACCUCCUGGAGACUCAUGGCAGCAGUCAGGCCCAGUGCCAGACUUUGGGAGGACUCUGACUAUAACUGAAGAGCUUCAGUAGGGACCAUCCUCAGCUGCUUCACAAAGGGUGUCAUCCUGUUCCUUCUGCUGCCAGCCUCCUGCCUGGUCUACCCUGCAGAUGGCCCUGCCUGCUUGUCCUUACCAUCAGCCACCUGACAUUCCAGCUGGUGGCUGGGACACUGGGCAAGGCAGAAAGAGCAAGGAGACCAAGCUGGGCGCAGGAGGGCUCUGUGUCACCAGUAGAUCCUGGACCACCCCACUCUCCCGCCUUCUUUCCCCCUCCUUUCCCUCCCUCCCUCUUCCCUCCUGAGAGUCACAGAAAGGCCCUUUCCUCCCUCCUCAUCCUCCCUCAAUUGCUGCUGCUUGGGUAUAGGACAUGGUAAAUAUUUAUUACUUUCAGAGAAAUCAGAUAUUUUAUAGAAAAAAUAAUAUGUUUGGGGUUAGCAGUGUCACUGGGGGAAGGAUGAGUGCCUGCUGUGCAGAUCCCUCAGAACCUGCCCUGCUGCUCUGAGGAUCCUCGCUUGCAUCCAAGGAGAGACCGUGAGUGGGGCUGGCAGGGCAGAGUAGCCCGCUCAAGCUCACAGCAGGCUUCUCUUGCAUGCUGUGUGUUCCUUCCUGCACCUCACAGCACCUUCUCUUGACACAGCAUCUGCAAAGUACCUGGCUCUCCCAGCGGCCCGAGAAAUCCUGGAUGUGUUCAGUGUGAUGACUGCUCAAGACACAUGGUGCCCAAGGGAGCACUGUGUCCCUGAGCCUAGAGCAGGACCGGGAGCUCUCCCUCCCUCCCUCUCUCUCUCUCCCUCCCUCCCUCCGUCCGUCCUUCUCUCCCUCUAAUUCCAGAGUCUGUAUGAUUGGUUCCCUUUUGAGAAACCAAAGCUGAGCUUAUGGUUGACUUAAACCUUCAGGUAUUGUUGAGUAAGUCAGGUGCCUCUGCCAGCCUGCCCUGUCCCUCUGGUCCCUGGCUCCUCACUGGCAGCAGCUGCUAUUCAUUGGAGCAGGUGGCUUACAACUGCUUGUUAGUAAUCUGCAUGUAAUACUGGAGCCUUUCCCCUGUGCAUGCUUCUGCUGCCACAGAGAAGUGUGCCCAGCAGUGGUGGCCAGAUGGCAGUGCAGCCUUUGGAUCAGGUACACUGGCCUACUGAACCAGAUUUGCUCCCAGAGCCAGCACUAAGUCAGGGUGAGGGCAUGGACUCUUGGCAAGGCUCAGCCAGUGGCCUUUGUAGGCAGCAGUCUUUGUGUCCCAGACCUAUCAGGGAAGCGAUCAGGGAAGCUGAGCAGAGCAUCCUUCAAGGUGGCUUGUGCCCUUCAGCCCUGCACAGUGGAAAAGAUGGACUCUAGACCAACUCCUGCAGCCAGGCUUAGGCUGGGACCAGGUGGCUGUGAGGCCCCUUCUCCAGUGCUUUGUUGGGAAAUGUGAGUUACACUUGGAAAAAUAAUCAAGAGAUUUCCAAUAAAGUUUUCUGUACUUUACAGUU